AGUAGUAUUUCAUGUAUACAUGCUAUUUCGCCGUCCUUGAUAGUGUGAUCGUAUCAAAAAUGUAUGUGUUUAGCACCGUAUGUAAUCUGCACGUUUAUGUGAAAAACAGGGAAUAACGCAGUUCCGAAUCCAGGAUCAGCUUUUAGUCGCUUAAAUGCAGACAGACAGAGGGGAAUAGUAAACAGGAUCACAGCAGACGGAGAAACGACAUGAGGCAAAAAAAUGCUCCCUCUGGGUUGUUUCCAAACCUUUCAUGUAUUCGGAUCACUGGAAAUGUCGAUAUGUCAGCAACAACAAUCAACCGCCAUAUGAUUCUAUCUAUACCUUAGGUAUUACAUCGGCCUGAUUUUUGAAAUACAAGAAUGUUCAUGGUACACGGAUUUGUUACAACUCGCUGAAGAAAGAAGGAAACCUCGGACAUGGUCGAACGUAGAAUAAAGAAAACAGGACUUUAAAAGACUUACAAUUAAGGAUAGAAUUCUCGGAAGCACAGAGCACUGCAAACACAGCCACAGCCAAACAUAGCUAAAUAGGCCCGCAACAAAUCGAAACUGUAGUAGACAGGUAUUGCAGAGGGAUUGCUUCAAAAAAUAAAUAUUUGAACCCUGGAUUCUGAGCAAAUACUACCAAUGCUGAUGGUUGAAUGUUUUGUUGUCUGGACCAUCCCGCUGUUGGUAAUUCCGUGAUGACAAUCGUUUGAGCAGUGAAGGAAAUAAUUAAAGUAAUUAAAAGAUUGAAAAUGGACAAGGAAAUAAUAGUCUGUGAUACGAGUGUAAAAUUGAUUUUGUUACUAUUUACGCUAUCUGUGUUGCUCGGUGUCGUCAUUAUUGCAACUGAAAUAUCAUCGCAGACUCAACGUCAGAACGACUUACUGGAGGAAGAACACACGCCGAGUACAUUACAUGAUCAGUAUCAAGAAAUGACAAAUUACAGUCAUAUCCCUGCAGCAAAAAUAAAUGAACUUCCAAGUGAAAAGGUACCACAGGGAGCAUCCCAUCAUCGCCGAAAUAGAACAGUUAAUAUUGGGAAGGUGGAAACUUUGCUUAUUCUUAGGUCAUACUUGGCACAUGCUACAAAAUGGAAAGAUGUUUUGGGAGAUGUCAAACAAAAUAUCAGCCAGCUUCCUCCUGAUGCAAAGAAACUGUACCGGACUACCAAUAAAAAGCAGCUGCGAGAUAGGAUGUCGACACAACUUGAAAAAUUGAUAAAUCAGCAAGCUGAAAAAAUUGACGACUUAGAUAUACGUUCAGCAGUUCAAGAUAUCAAAAUAAUGGAAAGGAUCCAGGUUAAGAGAAUGCCCGCACAACCAAGGGAGCAAGAAGAGGUAAUAUUGCAGCUGAUACGCAAACCAAUAUGGACGACAAAACUCAGAACUGUUAUCAACACCGAAAGAAAAAAACGAACAUCGGUCAUUGAUUUAAUCCGCCAGAAUCAAUUUGGACAAAACUGAGACAGUUUAUCGUCAGCAGGGACGAAUCUUCAAUUUUCAUAUUGCAUUGUUAUUUAGAAUAUAAAUUAAACAUUUUAAGAAUC